AUGACGAACAACACCACCGACCAGUCCUUCAAGAAGACCCACCAAGUGGUCGGCGCAAAUGGCGGCCAGCUCGUCGAUAACCUCAACGAAAAAAUUAUGAAGGAAGCUCCCGGCCACGAUGGCAAUGUCGCAUUGGAGCAGUCGGGACAGCAGCGAACUCACAACGAGCAGAUCGAACGCGACCUGGCCAACAAGGGCUACUCGACGCGUCAGACCGACGAAGAGGCGCACCUCGACGCUGAGCUCAAAAAGAAGCUCGACAAGCGCGGCAACGAGGCCCAGUAA